UUGAGAUUCUAGAGACUUUUUAUUUAUUUAUAUAUUUUUUGUAAUUAUACACACUUCAGCUUCAUUGUCCAUCUGGCGUUUGGACAUGAGUUUGUUUGCAUGGAGCUGAACAUCUCUGAAUAGACUCAUUGACUGUUCUUUGAAAGAGGUGAUCAGUCCAGACCUUAUGUAUCGGAUAUGAAUCUGUAACUUGAAGCAGUGGUCUUAAACAAAGCUGAGAACAAUCAAAGACAGAAUGCUGAAGACCCUUACUAAAAAACUUAGAAGACACUCUCUAAAUGAGAUCCAUCCUUUUCAACUAAAGAUUUCCUACCAUGGCAGUGAGGAAGGAGGGGAGAGUGAAGACUCAGAAGGUGAAAACCAAGAGCUGGCACAGAUAGACAGAGAGCGCCGGCGGAACUGCGCCUUGACCCCUCUAGCUACUAGCCAGCAGCACAACCAGGGCAUUCUUUCUCCCACCCAGUUACGGCGUCUCCGUUUAUUCCUGGACCCAAUCCUGGACCAUCACAGUUCCGAAGAGGAGCUUGAGCGCAUCGCAGGAGCUACGGCGGCCGAAGGGGGCCGAAAGUGGCACAGACAUGGAGACAUGAGCAGCGCCUCUAGUGACGAGGAGGUGAAGGACCUGUGUGGGCCAAAUGAAUCAUCGGCUGGACCUCGCUUGAGCGCCACCUCUCCCAGCCCUGUUCUCUUCAGCUCCUCCCCUCCUCGAGCUCUCAAGCCUUCUCACAUCCCAGCCCGCCUACCUGUCCGGCCCAUCAUUCUCAGCCACUUUGAGCAACCUUCCAUGCCUUACUGGCGGCACCGGCCCGCUUACACAGGAGAACCUGGUCGCCCCAGCUUGGACCUAGAGAAAAUGCAGCAGAAAAUGCUUCUAAAGAAGAACUGUGGAGGAAAAACAAGGACUAUCAAGAUUCGGAACCUGAGUGGUGGCCGUCACGCACCCCGAUAUUCCUACGAUCCAUCCAUCUUCGCUUUCCGCCCUCUGAGCAACGCUCCACCCUGCAGCCCCCUGCUCCCUGCCGAGGAACCUCCGUGUGCUUGAGGGAAAGGACUGGAAACUCGCAGAGACAAAACAUCACAAAUCUGUGGACCAAAAAUUCCCAACAUAAAGACAAUGUUUGUUUGCAUUGCCUUUUAUUUUGCAGGAUAUUAGUGUGAACAAAAGCCCUAUGAUAAGGCCUGUUGACAAAACAGGAAGUGUGAUCAGGGCCAGAAUGUAGAAGAGGAAUGAGGAGACGGCAACCCUUUGCCUUUAGCCGUCUCAUCCUCUUUAUCUCUCAGGAAACCCACUUAGAACUUAUUAUAACGACAAGGCCAUGACCACUGCACUUUUAAACAUCUUUUAAACCACAAUUAAAUGGUUUGGUUUCUCUGAUGUGUUUAACGGGAGUGAGCAGAGAUUAGUCAGUGGUUCGUAGAUAACGUCUCAUGAUUGGGCCACAUGGUUAUGUUGAGAUCAUCGGAUUGAGAGUAAAAUGUAAGACCACAUUUAGAUUGCAUUUGGUUUUGACAGCAAAAUGUGAUGAGAGACAAUCAGUUUAAUGCCAGAAUGGGCCUUAAUUAAUUUUUGAUAAAAUAGGUUUUCGAUCUAUAAACAAUGUGAAAGCUAACAAUCACAUAUAAUGACAACACAGGCCAGAUAGUCCAAGUCAUUGUUCAACUUCAGAUGUUAUGUAAGUCUGACCAUAACAAUGUAUCAGUUAUCAGAGCUGAUUAUCUGAUGUGUAUUCCAAAGUAAUUAAAUCUUAAGUGAAGAACGAGAA